AAAGUACAAAUGCAAUCAAUUAAUCAGUUUUUUAUAUGCUCCAUCUGCAAUGGAUACCUCCACAUGGCAACAACCAUUACAGAAUGUUUGCACACAUUCUGCAAAGGUUGCCUCAUCAAGCAUUUAGAAUACAACUUGCAUUGUCCCAAGUGUCUGACAAUUAUUCACCCAACUGAUCCUAAAAUCAAUAUUAGGCAUGAUUCCAUGAUUCAAGAUCUUCUCUACAAGGUGUUACCA